AAAUACUCUCUUUCAGGUUUUGGUAGAAGGCAAAGCUGGGUCUAGAACAGCGAUUCUCAACCGAUCCUCAGCUCUCAAUGCUCUCAAUACUUCAAUGGCGGCUAGAUUGCAGAAACUGUACAAAUCCUGGGAAGAUACCCUGAUAUUGGUUUUGUUGCAAUGAAGGGCAGCGGUAGGGCCUUUCGUGCUGGUGGAGACAUCGUUUCUCUUUAUCAUUUGAUAAAUAGAGGGAAUUUAGAAGACUGCAAGCAAUUUUUUAGGACAGCAUACACAUUGGUAUACAUAAUCGGUACUUAUUUGAAGCCACAUGUGGCCCUAUUAAAUGGCAUUGCAAUGGGUGGUGGUGCUGGAGUGUCAAUCCCUGGGACAUUCCGUGUAGCAACUGAUAAAACUGUUUUUGCUACCCCUGAAACUUUAGUUGGCUUUCACCCUGAUGCUGCGGCAUCCUUUUACCUCUCACAUCUACCAGGUCACUUGGGUAUGUUUUUUAGGUUUUUCAGGAUAUUUUACUUUAUUUAUCAACGACUUGAAUAUUGCUAG